ACCCCCUUACAACACAUGUUCUUUCCUUUUUUACUCUCUUCUACUUUGUUUCUCUGUGGAUCUGUUCUCUUUGAAAUAGGUCAUCAUGCAGAUUUUUGUGAAAACAUUGACAGGGAAGACCAUUACUUUGGAGGUUGAACCUAGUGAUACAAUUGAAAAUGUAAAAACAAAAAUUCAAGAUAAAGAAGGUAUACCCCCUGAUCAGCAGCGUUUGAUUUUUGCUGGAAAACAAUUAGAAGAUGGAAGGACUCUCUCUGAUUACAAUAUUCAGAAAGAAUCAACACUUCAUCUUGUUUUGAGGCUUCGUGGUGGAGUGAUAGAGCCCAGUCUUCGUAUUUUGGCUCAAAAAUACAAUUGUGACAAGAUGAUUUGUCGAAAGUGUUAUGCUCGACUUCAUCCCAGAGCUACUAACUGUCGCAAGAAGAAAUGUGGUCAUUGCAAUGAUUUGCGUCCCAAGAAGAAACUUAAAUAAGUUUGAAAUAUUUAAGAAAAAUAAACUUGUUGAAUACAUGUGUGUUCCAUA